UGGAUGAUGCAUUGGCGGCGGCAAACUGUCAAAGCGUCGACUGUUGCCGGGGGGUAUAAGCCGUUAAUGUUUAUUGCCUCACAAUUCAAACUGCAUCUAAAACUACCUACAGUAUAAUAGCUGCCAUUUCAGCUUUAAACACCCGCUGGCUGCUUUUGUUGAGAGAUUACCAUACCUCCCGUUUCUGUCUGCCUAAACUGUGACCCUCCGUUCUUCAAAAUGGUAUCGCCCGUUUGACAUUGCCAUCGCGUGCACUGCUAUCGCGCGCAGUGCUACAUGCAAUUGUACGCCGAGCGAUCUGAAAUAACACUUACGUCUGUUACUCUUUCAACUAAUUUCUUUACAACAGUUUAGAACACUAAUGGCUGACUGUGCUUUCCAUGCAAAAAUAACGGUUCAAGAAGAGGUGGAUGAAGUAAUAUUUGAAAUACAUAAAUACCGGGAAUUCUUAAUCCCGUAAUAGCUCUCUCUACUCCGAGGUCGUCUGGUGGUGAUGCAGCCGUGGUCUAGUGCACGUGUGACGUGACGUGGGUAUCCGAGUGAGUCGUCAUUACGAACGCACAUGCAUGCACAUUGUACAGAAUAUGUGCUAAGUGCAAUCAAAGUGCGCAGACACGUAACCGAUGUCCCUCCUCCCGUACUAUUAUAGGCCGCGAUGUUUAUGUCGGAUGCCGAAAGUGUGCUGGGGUCGAUGCGAACCUUUUUGGAAAAACAGUGCGUAAUAAUCCAUCGCUUUUGCUAUGAAGUCUCAAGAUCGCGGCAGCAGCGGAGUGGUCAGGUUGUCUCCGUUGGGUGCAUGCUCGGACUACACAGCGGUGCUGAAGCAGACGGGGAGUGCAUCCGGUAGCAGAUGGAUCCUACCCACGCCAACACCAUGAAGCAGGAGGAACAGAGUCUUCCCCGCCAGGCCCGGGACACUCCCGAAGCCUCCCCAGCCGAGGACGCCUUGUCCUGCCCGGGCAAUUUCAUCGCCAUCCGGUUGCUGAGCCGCGGGACGUUCAGCAAAGUGGAGCUGGUCGUUGAGAAGACGACAGGGAAGCGCGUGGUGCUCAAGUACCACAACAAACUGCGGAUUCGGAUGGCCGAGUACCUCAGGGAGUUUCAGACCAGCUGCCGACUGAUCCACCCGGCGAUCCUGGUCACCUACGACCAGCCCAUCGAGACCGACAAGGCUUUCAUCAUCGUGCAGGAGUACGCAGCGCAGGGGGACCUCCUUGAAGCCAUAACGCCCCAGCAAGGACUGGACGAGGAGAGGGCUAAAUCAUGCCUCAGCCAGACUGCCUCGGCACUGACAUUCAUGCACAAAAGGCUGCUCGUACACGGCAAUGUGAAACCAGAGAACAUCCUCGUCUUCGACACCAACAUGACCAUCGUCAAGUUGUCCAAUUUUAGGGACACGCAGCGAAGAGGUGACACAAUGACCAAGCGGGCGCCCACCUCGCCCUACACGGCUCCGGAGAUUUCCUCCACGGUCGUCAACGAAGGGUACACAACUGACUACAGCCAAGACAUCUGGGCUUUCGGCGUUGUCGCCUUCUGUGUCCUGACCGGGGUCUUCCCCUGGGGGACGGCUACGACGGAGGACACCUCAUUCCGCAAUUUCACCCAGUGGCAAAAGCGGAGGGCGAACCUCGCCCCACUUGAGUGGCGGAAACUCUCGUCCAAGAUACAGAAGUUCCUUAAAAAGAUCCUGGACCCGAUCGCGGAGCGGCGGUGCCCCGUCGACGAGAUCAACAAGUACCUGCGCGAACAGUGGCUCAAGGCCCAGCCGGACCAGGCCAACCCAAAGGAGGGCGACGGCAGCGGGGAUGAAAGCCCCCGUGCCGGUGACGUGACGGCCAUGAAGGAACUCCGGCUGAUGCUGGAGAGCCACGGCGUAGUGACUUGCUCGGACAGUUCGCUGAAGAGACAGCGGAUUGACGAGUGGGUACAAGCGGCGUGCCAACAGCCGGCAGACGCCAGUAAGACACAAAGUGCGUCCGCGUGGUGAACGAACUCACCGACGAAGGGCCGAAGAAGACCAAAAAACGCGUGAAUCUAGGCUACUCCACACGAUGCCUCUUCUGCUGCUCUGUCUCAGGUGUGUUUACUACGCCAUCCUAGGGUGUAGAUGAGAUUCUCAUUAGACGUUUGGAAUGCAAGAAUCCUUUAUUAUGGGCGCAAUAGCUCCAGAAAAAGGGGAGCAAAACUCAGUGUCAUCCCGUUGGUGAGUCACUCACAUUUUUUGACGGUGACACAGUGACAACAUGACAUUUUCCUUUCUGGUACGGUGAGUCGAACUUGUUCCAAAAUGGAUCUUUCGCACUCUAGGGCUGAUUAAAUGUUUUGGUCGAGGACAUGGGGUUAUAUCUGAUAUUGCAAUAAUCAUUUUUUUUCUUCAAAACAUUACUCUUACCAUUAAUGUUCAAGUGAGACUGGAAUCCCCAGCCCUAUUAUACAUGUCAUUAAAAAAGCUUGCCUUUUGUAAAAAGGUACGGUUGUAAAUUUGCAAGCAUGAUAAUAUUGUAAAGCUUGAUGGCAUUUAUUAUGUGAAAAGUUUGGAAUCACGCAUGUCUCGAAAAGCAUUAAAGAAAUAUGAAAAAAUAGAUAAAUCAUGAAAGCGCAAAUAGACAAAAGGCCUGAGUAAAUCAGUACUGUUUUAGAUUCAGUUUCGGUAAAAUACAAACGUUCAUAGACCUUUUCAGGUUACCACUGGACCAAAAAUGUGAAACGUAGUAGGUACAGGCUGAAAUGCAUUGUGGGACUGUCUGCACUGCACAAAACCCCGUCCGUUUGUGCGAACUAUACCAAAAUGCUGCGCAGCGCAGGCUCUUCAAUGUUCAACCGAUGUAUCUUUAAAAAAAAUAUGCGUUUGCCACCAAAAAUCAUGUCACCCACGUCAAAUAUUCCUAAAAAGGGAAUUGUUAUAACUAUAGACCAUACAUCAGAUCUGACCAAUGAUCUUAUAUCAGCCGUCUCUACUUUUUCAACGCAGAGUAAUGGAAUAUUGCCCUGAAUCAGAAAACUAUGGAACACUCUUUAAAAUAUUAUGUAUAGAACAUUGCUCUCAGGUGAAAAAAAUCAUUUUAACGGAGAGGAUGGCUAGUAAAAAACAGCCGUCACACUCGGUGUUUGUUCUGUAUAUCUCGCUUUACAGCUUGAACUCGCUCGGUGCGCAAGCAAAAGCCAAUCUCGACAGUACAUUUCCUUCGCGAGGGAUCAAUCAGCGAAAUGCACGUGAACCGCCGCACGGUGUGUCACGAAGACACGUCGCGUGUCUUUCCAUUACUCUGCAGAGGACCCGAACGCUGGCAUGAUAAAUAAUUCCGCCCUUCAUCGAUCGACAAGAGUUGAGAGGUUUUAUGUUUUUUUUUUUUUGGCCAUCGAGAGAAAUUAGGAUCAUUUUAAGCUGAAGGGCUGUUGGAAUGGUAUUUUUUUUCUCAGACGGAAGAAAAGUAUGGCCUCGGCAUUUUUCUUCACUUGGUGAAUACUGACGUUGAUUAGGACAGGCUGUAUUUGCCUAAAAUCACCCCACCCCUCCGAAAAGAAAUAAGAAACAAGAACAAAUCAAGUGUUAACGGGCAGGUCAGCCUAACCAAGGGUUGAACUACACGUUCAAUGAUUAUCUGGUAAGAUGUGCAUUCAAGUCGGCUGAAACUUCGAAGAGGAAUGAUUAGGGCGCAGAAAGAAAUCCAGCUCAUUAUAAGAAAUACGUAUCGGGUUUUUUUUUGUUCUGGUUGUCAUAACUUUCUUCCCUUCUCUCGGGCUAUUAGGUUUGGACACUCAGUGCAUAAUAAUUCCAUGCGAAUUGGAUUAAACUUGGGCUUCUGGAGUUCACCGAUUGGUUUGGCUUUAAACAACCGCUUGAUUAUUGCGUAAUGGUUUCUGGAAAGAGGGCGAUCAAAAUGCAGGUUCCUCCCAUCAUUUUGUCGAUUAGACUGGAAUACGCUGAGACGCCCUUUCCGCAAUUUCAUUUCCAUGGUAACUUGGAUGAGAGAGGCGUUAACGGUUCUAGAACAGACCACUGUAGGGCCUAUGGGCGGCCUAAGAUGCAAAAAACAUAUUUUGGUGGUUUUAUGAUUUUACCUCAAAUUCGUUCAAACUAUACAUCUUGCCCAUUUUCAUUUAGUAUUUAGUAGUGCGUGAUUAUUUGAUAUUGUGAUAGCUGCAUGAGGUUAACACACUUAUAGUGAAUUACUCUGUUACUUUUGUACUGACGGCCAGCCGUAGUUUUAGCAGCUGCUUUUUGGAAAAACCCAAAUGUGGUGUACAAAGAGCAGUCCCUAUAACUAAGAUGGCAAAGCUAACUGGUACAUGAACGGAGAUGCUACGGCGGCUUGAAAGGUGGCAGAACCGAACAGAAUAGAACCCUCCUGCUGAUCUCCUAACAGCGGACAGAGUACAUACUGUCCGAAACGUUGAGUACCCUCUGGUUCUUUUGAGAACCACACAUACUCAAAAAGAGAUAUCCUUGCAUGGUGCUGCCGUAAGCCCAUUGAUGCCUAACAUGCCACCUUCACUCAAAAAGAGAUAUCCUUGCAUGGUGCUACCGUAAGCCUCUUCAUACCUAACUUGCCACCUUCACCAUGAAAAGCUUCAAAGCCCAUCGUAGGCCUAUGUAUACCACAAACACUAUCGGCAAAAUUGAAGAAUUGUAAGAAUUCAAGUUUUAGCAAUUUUAGUUGCAACUACAAGACAACAAAUUCUGACUGUUAACAAAACACCAAUAUUUUAGGAAGAACAUUCACAAUUUAAAAUAAAUUAUCAUUUGUGGUUAGACAAGUACCCACCCGAGUAAAACAAAGAAACCAAACACAAAAUGUCAUGCAGUGAAAUUGUGUAUACUCUGCUGUCACACGGGUAACUUCUAGGUCGUGUCUUUUGACCCAAUUCUCUCACCCACUUCAGCCAGCUUGUUCGAGGCAAGGCAUCUGGCAAAUUCUGGGCAUGCACUGUCCGCUGUUACAAGUGGCCUCGAGCAUCGUGCCAAGCAAGCAGCGGGUGCAUAAUGUCGCGUUACGCAGCGCACGCACCUCCUACGCGGCGCGUUGGAGCGGCCGGCACAUGGCCGUGUACACCCAGCAUUUGUUUUUUUUUUUUCGUUCCAACUGUGGGAGGUAAAUCACCGAGGUUAAUUGGAUUUCGAAGAAAGAGAUUGCUCGCUGCACUGUAGAAGAAAAACAUGAUCAAAAAUAGUAAGUAAGACUUAAAGUUUGCACGGUGGUGGUACACAUACGGCUAGGCAAUGGCGUAAUGGCGGCAAGUAGCCCCCCCCCCCGCGGAGGUCUGUGCACCCCGGCUAAUUUCACUCUUUCACCACUGCCGGUAGGGUGUGGGCUAAGCAUGUAGCAAAAAUCUCAUUUGGGAGUGGUUUGGGUUAAGCCCGUUUUAUACUUCACGCGGAAGCGAACGCAAAGCGAAUUUCGUGACAUCAACAAUUUGAAGUUCCAUUGUGACGUUGCCGUUUCCCUGACACAUUCGCUUCGCAUUUGCUUUCGAAUUUCACCUGAAAUAUGCACCGGCCUGUACGCUGUAUCUGAAAAGUUGGAGUCCGUUGUAAAGAUUUGAAAAGAAUAAACGGGACAAAAGCUUUUCUUUUGCCAUUCUGAAGCGAUGAAAUAAAGACCAUGUACUGUAUUUGUUCUUGGAUACGCCUUAGGCUGAACACACAAGCUAAACUGUACUUGGAGAAAAUGCUAAGGCUCUGUUUUGACCAUGAUUCACAAAUAUCUGGUCGCAGCUGCUUUUGUUUGAUUAACUACUUUGAUUCAACUGAAGGACGCGAACAGAAGUCUUCACGACCAUCAUACAUGUGGUACAAUCAUUCUGGCUUCUAGGCCUAUUUAACGACAGGGAAGAAUGUGCCAAUACCAAAGGGCAUAUGUUUCACAGGGGUAAUGCAAGUGUGAAGAUUUGCAAAGAACACGCAAGAAGAAAAAAAACACGUGGAAAGCCAAAAUAUCACAAAAUGCACAUUACUGAUUUCAUAGCAAAUAAAUAUUGCUUGGCACACACUGCAGAAAAUAUUGCUCGAGCGGUUACCUGUCAAAUAAGUGUUUUACAAUACCCAUGUCUGGUAAUAUUAAUUCCAUAGGCAACAUAUUCUUCUUAUAGCGGCUCUACGAAAUGAUCGAGAUCGAAAUACCCUGUCACCGGUGUUGUAGUCGAGUGCUUUUUUCUGAGUACAGAGUAGUGCCCAGUAAUUAAAUUUCUGAGUACCUGAAAGUCUGAGUACUUUACCAUCUGAGCACAAAACUGAUUUUCAAGUACAAGUGCUUAUGCCUCCGAGUACGAGUAUGAAUAUUUGUACCUCCGAGUAUUAGUAUGAGUACUUGUACCUCCGAAUACGGGUACUUGUACCUCCGAGUAUGAAUACUUUACCUCCGAGUAUGAGCAGGCGUACCUGUACCUCCGAGUACGAGUAGGAGUACCUCCAAGUAGGAGUACUUGUACCUCCAAGUACGAGUACCUCCGACCUACGAGUAUUUGUACCUCUGAGGAUAAGUAUGAGUACUUGUUCCUCCGGCUAUAAGUACCCGGAAGUACGGGUACUUGUACCUCCGAGUAUGAGUAGGAAAACUUGUACCUCCGAGUAUGAUUAGUACUUGUACCUCCGAGUAUGAUUAGUACUUGUACCUCCGAGUAUGAUUAGUACUUGUACCUCCGAGUAUGAGUAGUUGUACCUCCUAAUAAUUAGUAGGAGUACUUGAACCUCCGAGUAGGAGUACCUGUACCUCCGAGUAGGAGUAGUCCUUGUACCUCCGAGUAUGAGUAUUUGUACGUCCGAGUAUAAGUAUGAGUACUUGUACCUCCGACUAUAAGUAUGAGUACUUGAACCCCCAAGUACAGGUACUUGUACCUCCGAGUGUGAGUUCUUGUACCUCCGAUUAGGAGUACUUGUACCUCCGAGUAUGAGUAGGAGUACGAGUACCUCCGAGUAUGAGUAUGAGUACCUCCGAGUAGGAGUACGGGUACCUCCAAGUAUGAGUACGAAAAACUUGCACCUCCGAGUAUGAGUACGAGUACCUCCGAGUAUGAGUACGAGUACCUCCGAGUAGGAGCACUUGUACCUCCGAGGAGUACUUGUACUUCCGAGUAUGAG